AUGGGCGAAAAGCCAGAGCCUCAGGAGAUUGGUCCUUAUGAAGACCAUGGAGCAGAGAAAGCCUUUGUUGGUCCUGCUUCAGACCAUCUGGAGAAGCGCUACAGUCUCCUGUCCGUCAUUGCCUUCGCUUUCACGACGACCAAUUCAUGGGUAGCCUUCGCAUCAGGGAUUGCAGUCCCGUUAGCAUGCGGGGGAAGCCCCGGCAUAAUCUACGGCCUCAUUGUGGCAGGCAUCGUGAUCGGCACUAUUGCGCUAGGAUUUGCGGAAUUGGCUUCUGCAUUCCCAUCUGCCGGCGGUCAAUAUCAUAUUGUAUUCAUGGUCUUCCCGUCUUCAAUGCGGCGGGUUGCUGCGUUUUUCACGGGGUGGCUCUCCAUCAUCUAUAUCAUGGCCGCCUUAGUGUCCUGCAAUAUCUUCGUGGCAAGCUCGAUCCUGGACCUCGUUGCACUCUGGAACGAGACAUUUGAGAUCCACGCCUGGCAGACCUAUUUGCUGCAUGUGGCAUUGUGCCUCGUUGCGUUUUUCGUCACAUCCAGAUUCCCUUCGGCGAUUGGCCGACUUGGCAUUGCGAUCUUCUUCUUGUCUCUCGCGGGGUUUGUCGCCUCUCUCAUAACCAUUUUGGUCGUCCAUAAAGACAAGCAGUCCGGCGACGUGGUUUUCCGCGACUACGAGAAUACCAGUGGCUGGUCAGAUGGAUGGGGAAUGAUCAUUGGUAUCACCGCGUGUCUAUGGGCGUUUAGUGGUGUUGAUGGGCCGACGCACCUGGCUGAGGAAGUACCCAAUCCCAGCCGCAAUGUCCCCAUCGCCAUCGGGCUUGCCAUUGGACUCGGGUUCAUCACCGUUUUGGUGUGGAUUAUCGCGCUCAUGUUCGUCGUCAGUGAUGUCGAUGCCAUCAUCAACUCCCCCGUUCCCAUCCUGGAAGUAUACAACCAGGCCCUCGGAUCCAAGGUGGCUACCACUAUCUGGACCGUGUACUAUAUGGUCAUGUUCUACGAGAUUGUGCUGAACCUCUUCAUCUUCGGCGGCCGAACCAUCUGGUCCCUGUCUCGCGACGGUGGCCUUCCUUACUCCCAGUUCUUUUCCCGCCUCCAGUGGAACAGUCCAGUGCGUGGCAUCGCUCUGAUGCUUGUUCUUGAAGUGAUUGUCGGCAUUCUCUACAUUGUGUCGUCUGCCGCGUAUAGCAGUUUCAUCAACCUAACACUGUUCGCGCUGAAUAUCACGGUGGCAUUGCCCCAGGCUGCUCUGCUCUUCCGAGGUCGGGCCUCUCUUCCUGAGCGAGCCUUUUCGCUCGGGAAGUACGGAUUCGCUGUCAACCUUGUGGCGACUCUGUUUGUCAUUUUCUUCUCCAUCACCUUCUGUUUCCCAACCUUCAUGCCUGUGACGGCGUCAUCUAUGAACUACCUGGUUGUGGUCAUGGCGAUCGCCAUAAUCGUGCCGCUGGGGCUAUGGUUUGGAGGGCUGAACAAGAGCUUCACGGGGCCCCAGGAUAUCAUCGAGGUAUAA